AACAACCACGCUCCACAGAUCUGCUGAUGUAUCCACAGAGGAGGGCGGAGCUCACACACUUCUAGCUCUCGCCGGUGCCGUGGGAGGCGGUGCUGGUGGUCCCGGGUGACUUACUCAUCACCCAGCACUUCAUGACACAUCACACUGGAUUAACUUUGUUCGUUUCCCGCUGGCGUAAGGCCACGCCUCUCUCUCACCUGACACUUCCGCCUCCCCAGCUUCCGCCCGUCGUGACCCCGCCCACCUACCCGUAUUAGCCAAUCACCGGUCACAGAGUCACGGGUGGUAGCUCCUCCCCGUGGCCAAUGGGAGCCGUGCUUCUGUUCUACCUGUCUGGUGAAACCAAUAAGAUCGAGUAUCCCUUUGUCUUAACGUGGCGCGCUGAUCCAUAGGAACAGCAGGUGGCGGAGGUAGUCAGGUUAGGUAGUCAGUGUAUAUUUUGCGAAUGAGCGCAGGUGUAGUCACUAGUUAGUCGCAGGUGCGUGCGGAGCCUCUGCGCUGGGUGUGCGUCUUGUUCCUGCUGACCAGUGCGUCUCGUGUGAGCAUACUGAUCGAGUGUCCCACAACGGUAUUUAUCGGAGUUUACGACCCAGACUGACCACCAGAGUUGGAAGGACGCUGACGGGUGUCUCAUCGGCGUUGACGUGUUACUGUGUCUCCGUCCACCGACCACGCCAACGCGGUGACAAGUAAUGAUCCACAGCACACGAAUGACUCUCUUGUAGCUGUUGAGAAGCCGCUCCUCCAGUGCCCAUCUGCUGUCGGUAUUACCUCAAACAGCUGCUGCCUCCCGCCGCCACCUGCUCCAUGCUCAUCCCCAACAUCAGCGGUCAACCAACAGCCUUCUCCGUGCCCUCAUCCUCGUCCUCGAAUAAUAGGGAACCCCCCGCCAUGACGGCCUUACCCCCUGCCAUCCCCUACUACGCACCAGGGAGCCGUGACAUGUACAGUCCUGCGCGUCCCCUAGUGCUGCAGCCGCAGGCAGGAGUGCCGCCCGCCGGGGGAGGGGGAGCGCCCAUGGAAGGACUACGGUAUCCUCCUCCUAACGCUGCCGCCGCAGCUGCAGCAGCACGACACUACGACCUGGCGCAGCACGUCCUGUCCCAGCACACUGCCGCUAUGGCCAAGCUGCUCGGCACCAUCCGGCCGCCCGGGAUGAUCGGCGGCUCCAAGCCCAAGGUGGCCACGCCGCAGGUGGUGAACAAGAUCGAGCAGUACAAGCGCGAGAACCCGACCAUCUUCGCGUGGGAGAUUCGCGAGAAGCUCAUCUCUGAGAGCGUCUGCACCAACUCCACGGCGCCCUCCGUGUCCUCCAUCAACAGGAUCCUCAGAAAUCGAGCGGCGGAGAGGGCAGCGGCUGACUUUGCCCGCGCCGCCGGUUAUGGUCUGUACAACCCUUACGCCGCAGCCGGAGGUAUGGCAUGGUCUAAUCCAGCUGCUGCUGCUGCCGCCGCUGCAGCUGCGUCCUCCCCCAUCUGGGGCGGAGCAGGUGUGCCUCACGCGGCCCUUCCUGCUGCCUACACCUCCUCUGCAGCCGCUCACGCGGCGCUGGGCCUUCAUCCAGUCCAUGCCGAGAAACUAAGUCUGCCAAUGACGGGCCAUUCACACCAUGAACAAAGGCCAGAUGACGUGGACUGCGGCGAUCCCCGGGGCGAGGGUUCAGCGAGUGAGUGUGGGGACGACAGGCCGCCCACAGCCUCUUCCGCCCCUCCCACACCCGCGUCGCCCACAUCGUCCUCCACGCCUACUCCGACCAGCAAGAGUAAAAUAAGUUUUAGUGUUGAGUCUCGUCUGCUAUCGUCACCGCCACCCACCUCCGUCCAUCAGGGUCACUCAGCGAGCAGCCCGGCACAGCCCACCACCACAAACCCCGCCCACGCUGCCGCCGCCCACGAAGCUGGACCCCUGGUGGCGCGAGCAGUGCCGGGAUGGCGCUACCCUCGCUACCACCCUUGGCUGCACAACCUUACUCGAUAGGACUCCCAUGCCCCGCUGCGGUGCACCACCGUGGUACACUCCCUCGACAACGCAGUCUCUGCAUCACAUCUUUCGGCGUUCAAGGCAGCGCCCUCGUGGCCCUCCGAGCAUGUGACAGUGACUCGCUGCUGCCGUGACUGUAAGCUGCCACAGAGUAUCAAAGGCAAAAAGCAAGACUUUUGACUUAACAAUGUGAAAAGUGCUGCGUAUAUUCUACUGGAAAAUACAUAUUUUCAUGAGCACGGUGAAAAGUAAAAGUAGAAAAAACAUUUGAACACACACACACACACACACACACACACACACACACACACACACACACACACGGCAGGAGGCCAAGUGCUGCAGGAGUCAGCAGGGCAGACCACCGCGGCCGGGCAGUGACACGACUUUGUUUAUGUCGCCGCCGCCGUGUGCGUGCGUCGCGUCCGUCCAAUCUUUAGAUUCAAGAUCCAGCUGAAGGAAACACUCAAUACGGAUUCUUAGAGAUAAAUUAUGGAGAUGAUAUUGUAGCAUAACAAUCGGUAACAAUACAGUGUUCAAGGCUACAGUUUGUUCUUGUACAGGCAGGGCCGGUUCUCUAAACAAAUCGACAAUUUUCAUACCGAUACCUAUAAUCGCGCGCCCCGGUGCCCUGCCCUGCCGUGACGCUGGGUAGUCACGCACACAUCUCACAGACAAAUGAGCUUGGAAAAAAUCCAGUUGAACUCUCAUCCUGUGUACGCUUGCUUUCCCUGACUCAAGAAACUUGCGAGGCGCCGCUACGGGUAUUGCGUGGGCUCGUCGCGGCUCGCUUUUCCUGUGCCCAGAGUCAUCCAGAAGGCAGUCAAACACAAAGCGAUACUUGAACGUUCUCUUGUGCUUCUUUUGACAGGAAUUAACCCCUAUGAUUGUUGAGAAGCGCCUGAAGACAAUCACAAUAAAAAAGAAAGGGAGACUUACAGGACUGGAUACCCUCAUGUCGAAGACUGACAAGGACUGUCCACAUAGUCAUCGGUCCACCUGAACGACACUUGGCCAAGAGUUGAGUGCUCGGUGACCGUAUGGAGAUCCAGUUCACUGCAAUUUGUCUGUACAUUAUACGAGUGCCAACCAUUGUCCCUUUUAGCCCGUCUUAAUUUAAAAUAUAAUUGAAAAAAAUAUAAAACAU